CCAAAUAAACUCAAAAACAGAUGCAACCGCUCCUCCCAAUUUCUCGUCCCUGUCACCGACUCCCACUUCCACUUACCUCACCGCUCUGCUCUGCUUCUUCCUCUUCAAAAUCAAGCAACCGUUUUUUCGCAUUUUUCAGAUCACCAAACGCCCCUCCUCCCCAAUUCCCUUUCCACAUUCUCUCAGCUAAUUGCCACCAAUAUUCUCUCCUACCAAAAUUUCACUCUUCUUGUUCAUUCGACUCUAUUUUAACAUUUGAAUCUGUCCAUCCCUCAACAUCUGCUUUACAUUAUUCACUUUCCAAUUGGUUACUGAUCGUUGGCUUAAAUUUGAAGUUAACCCCUCUGAUUUGUUGAUUCCUUAGGAUACUUCAUUAUGGAGUAGCUAAAAUCUGAUCAGGUAAUAAAGAACUUUGAUCAUGGAGCAACUGGAAGUUCAAAACCCUGUAGUUAAGAAGCAGCUAUUGGAUGUUCAGCCUCGAGAACUCAAGUUUAUAUUUGAGGUUAAGAAACAAAGUUCGUGUGCUGUUCACCUUGCCAAUCUUUCUGAUCAUUAUGUUGCUUUCAAGGUAAAGACUACUUCGCCCAAGAAAUAUUGUGUGCGACCUAAUAUAGGGGUUAUCAAGCCAAAAUCAACAUAUGACUUCACAGUCACAAUGCAAGCACAGAAGUCAGCUCCCUCAGACAUGCAAUGCAAGGACAAGUUUUUAGUUCAGAGCACAGUUGCUCCAUUUGGCACAACUGAAGAGGAUAUUACACCUGACUUGUUUGCAAAAGAUAGUGGAAAAUAUGUUGAAGAGUGCAAGCUGAAGGUUUCGCUGACUAGCCCCACACAAUCCCCUGUUCUGUCACCCGUUAAUGGAGUUUCCAAGCUAGAACAAUCUCCUGCAAGUGAAAUAUCAGAAGAAAAACUGCUGACUCGGGUUGAAAAUCUUCCCCCGCUUCAAAUGCUGGAUGAGAAAUUUGAGGGUGAAAAACUUGUAAUGGAUGCACAGGUACUGACUUCAGCAAAAGUUGAGGAAAAUGUCCUACUGCCUACUAAAAUGGGGAAGCUUAUUUGUGAUAGGGAUGUGGAAUAUAGACCUUUGGACGUUGUUGAUGGAACAAAACUGAAAUUUUCCAGAGAUGUUGAGGAAUUGAAGUCUAAGCUAAUCACAUUAGAUUCAGAGCUGAUUCAGGCUAAAUCUAACAUUACAAAGCUGACAGAAGAAAAGAGCUGUGCUGUUGAAGAGAAGCAAACAUUAAAGCGAGAAUUGGCAACUUUGAGGAGGAAGACUGGUGUGAGGACAGUUGAACGGGGAUUUCCUCCUCUCUUUGUUUGCAUGGUUGCAUUAAUUAGUCUGACUGUUGGAUACUUAUUACAUGGUUAAAAAGAAGGUUAUUUUCAGGAUUAGCGAUGCCAUGGUUUAAAGAAAGGAUUUAUCAUAGGUUUAGGUUUUCAGGAUUCUGUUAACUAGCUCUUAGCCUUGUUUACUUUGGCAUCUUUGUGUAACUCUGCAGAGUUUUAUAUGAAAUGAAAGAAACUUAGCACUUUUACUUGUCGCAA